AUGAUCGCCAUUGGCAUGGAGGGCUCCGCCAACAAGCUUGGUGUGGGUAUCAUGCUGCAUCCCAAGGAUGGCAGCCCGCCGCAGGUCCUCGCCAACAUUCGGCAUACCUACGUUUCCCCACCAGGCGAGGGUUUCCUGCCCAAGGACACGGCGCGCCAUCAUCGCGCAUGGGUGGUCAAGCUGGUGAAGAAAGCACUCAAAGAGGCGCAAGUUUCGGUGGACGAUGUCAGCUGUAUCUGCUUCACCAAGGGCCCGGGGAUGGGUGCCCCGCUACAGAGCGUGGUUGUGGCCGCGCGAAUGCUAAGCUUGCUUUGGGACAAGCCAUUGGUCGGAGUGAACCACUGUGUCGGCCACAUCGAAAUGGGCCGUCUUAUUACCGGCGCCACCAACCCGGUCGUCCUGUACGUAUCUGGUGGCAACACACAGGUCAUCGCAUAUAGCUCCCAACGGUACCGCAUCUUCGGAGAAACACUCGAUAUCGCGGUCGGCAACUGCUUGGACCGCUUUGCGCGCACACUACAUAUCUCCAACGAUCCGGCACCUGGGUAUAAUAUUGAACAACUGGCCAAGCAAGGCAAUCAGCUCGUGGAUCUACCAUACGUGGUAAAGGGAAUGGACUGUUCAUUCUCAGGGAUUCUGGCCGCGAUUGAUGCAUUGGCCGCUCAGUUGGGGCUGGGCGGCGAAGAACGGGAGAAGGAAGAUGCUGAAAAGCGGGCCUCAAGUGCCGGCGAAGCGCAGAUAAUCCCGGAGACCAAUGACAAGCCUACUCGUGCAGACCUAUGCUUCUCUCUCCAAGAGACAAUCUUCUCCAUGCUGGUUGAGAUCACCGAGCGCGCAAUGGCCCACGUCGGGUCUAAGCAAGUACUUAUUGUCGGCGGCGUGGGUUCGAACCUACGACUACAGGAGAUGAUGGGUAUCAUGGCGCGGGACCGGGGCGGCAGUGUCUACGCGACAGACGAGCGGUUUUGCAUUGAUAACGGCAUCAUGAUUGCUCAAGCGGGCAUGCUGGCGUACCAGACAGGCUUCCAGACUCCUCUCAAAGAGUCCACCUGCACCCAGCGGUUCCGGACCGACGAAGUAUUCGUGAAGUGGCGCGAGGAUUGA